GGCGGGUAUCGAUGCCUCAAAACCAGAGAAGACCCCUGCGAGCGGUGAGUCUCGCACAGUAGAGCUUUGAACUUGUGCGUUGUCGACUACCUGAAUCGAACGGUUUGUCCCUUUCUUUAUCCGUCUUUCAGGUAGUUUCUUUCAUUCCGUUGAUCGUUGCCUUCAUAAUCGUCUGUCCCCUCGGUCACUUUCGAUUUCUCAGUUUCUGCUCUUGUCCAGUCGUAAACGCGCGCGUCUCCUUCGUUCUCCACUUUCUUUCAUUUCCUAAUCCACGAGCUUAUCUCAGAUGGCUCGCUUUACUUCACUAUUGCUGCUGGCAGCAUCUACUUCUAUUGUCGUUGGAGGGCCAUUGCCUGAAGGCUACAGGAGGCAAAUGUUCUCCAGCUACACAAAUACAAUUUACGUCGCCUCUUCAGCUGUGGAGGCGUCUCAAUCACUAAGCACAGCUGAUGAUGUCUCAUCGAUACCUCUGUCUACCAUCGACAGCUCUAUCCUUCCAUUGCGACCUGCAUUUGCGUCUCCCAGGUCAUUAUUACCAUCCUUGAAUGAACCAUACGCCAACGCAGAGACUGCUGUUAUUAUUGAACCCAUACAGCCAACUGUCUUCACACAGACAGCACCUGCCAUCACAUUCCUCCUUCCGGAUGGCCAAGCUAUCGCUACCCAAACGCCUGAAGUUAUCUUGUCAACUUCGUACAUCACAUCCCCUGCACCCAUCCCUACAUCAGAGACCAAACCAAGCGAUUUAUCACCUGAUAUUACUGCCUCAUCACCGGUUCCUGCGGAAAGCCAAGCAUUGAGCUCCUUCCCUGCGAAGGGUCUGUCCAGUUCGAAGGUGGAAGAGGAAAGUGAGGCGCUGAGCGCUUCCACUUACGCGCCCCCGAUGUUCACGUAUUCGCCCGAGGAAACCACAACAGCAGCAUUCUUUGCGCCUAGCACUAUCGCCGCCAGCUCUGUUACUGCCAGCUCUGCUAUCGAGAGUUCAACUCUUGCGAGCUUGGUCGUUUCCAGCUCGAUUAUUUCUAGCCUGACUGCAUCCGCGACUGGAGGUCAGCCGGCGCAGAACGGCACAGGAUUGCCAGGCUUCACCCAUCCGGGCGCGAUUCAAGGCACAGCUACUCUCAGUGGCUCUUUGGGUAGCUCCAUUGGUGCAGUCCCGGUCAGCUCAUCGGUGGCUGCAUCAGUUACUCAGGUGUCGCCCUCUGCAGCACCUGUGAGCUCCGCAGCCCCAUCACUGCUGGCUUCAAGCUCCGCAGUCCUAACUCCGGAGAACACGACCAUGACAACCUCAUCUCGCCUCGUUGUCACAAAGACAUUGUACACCACCGUCUUCCCUACCCCUGCCGCAUCGGAGGCACCCUAUUCUGCAACUUCAGCAGUCUAUUCAACCCAGAAGUCCAGCACGCCGGCGGUGUCAGCCGCAUCGUCAAGCUCUGCGGCUGCAGCCGUGCCUGCUAUCACUGCAUCCCCUUCCAUUCGUUCUUCGAUCGUACAAUCGUCCUCAGCCAAACUCCUGCCCUCGACGUCGCUGCAAGUACCGCCCGGUAUCAUUGUCACGCAGUACACUACUGUCUUGCCGUCGCCAUCAUCGGCUCCCGCUGAGACACCAGUGGUAUCUUCAUCUCCAUUGUCGUCAUCGCAAGCAACUGUGCCUUCCGUCGCGCCUUCCUCAUCUGCGUACGCCACACCACCAAUCGUUUCUAGCGUCCCAGAAUCGACACCUGCUCCAAUGCCCAGCGUUGAACCCACACCAACACCAUCAUCAAGCUCAGCCAUCUCGUCUUCCUCUGAGCCCGCAUCAUCCAAGGCUUCAUACUCCGUCACGGACGUAGAGCCUUUGCCAACAGAAGCACCCGCGUCACCAAGCGAAACACCACCAGCGCCGGCGCCAACGGCCUCUUCGUCUGAGGGCCCACUGAUCAUCACGCCAAUUGCGCCGAGUCAGAUAUUCACUAUCACGGUGACGGAGAAAGAGAAAGAGACGGUCACAGCUACAGUGACUGCCACUGUAACAGCGUAAUUUGGAUCAUACGGAAAUGAUUACGGGGGGAAGAACAGAAGAGAACGAAGACGAUGGUUUAUGAGUGAUAG